AUGGCACGUGUAUUAGUUGGAGUAAAAAGAGUGAUUGAUUAUGCAGUCAAAAUAAGAGUAAAACCUGAUAAAUCUGGUGUAGUCACAGAUGGAGUUAAGCACUCCAUGAAUCCGUUUGAUGAGAUCGCUGUUGAAGAAGCAGUACGCAUGAAAGAGAAAAAAUUAGCCAGUGAAGUUAUUGCGGUUUCAUGUGGUCCAGCUCAGUCACAGGAAACUCUGAGGACAGCACUGGCCAUGGGGGCAGACAGAGCCAUCCAUGUAGAAGUGGUUGGAGCAGAGUAUGAGACAAUGCAACCAAUCCAUGUAGCAAAAAUUUUAGCAAAGCUUUCAAAGGAUGAGAAAGCUGAUAUAGUAAUUGUUGGAAAACAGGCCAUUGAUGAUGAUUCCAACCAAACUGCUCAAAUGACUGCUGCUUUGUUGGACUGGCCACAGGGUACAUUUGCCUCCAAGGUGGAAAAAACUGAUGCUGGUUUGACCAUAACCCGUGAGAUUGAUGGAGGCUUAGAGACCAUCAAGACUAAGGUCCCAGCAGUAAUUAGUGCUGAUCUCAGACUUAAUGAACCCCGCUAUGCUACUUUACCAAACAUCAUGAAAGCCAAAAAGAAAACUCUUAAGAAAAUGACUGCAAAGGAUUUAGGGGUAGACCUAGCACCUAGAAUUAAAAUUGUCAGUGUCGAAGAUCCACCAGUAAGACAAGCUGGGUCCAUUGUUCCAGACGUUGACACCCUCAUAAGUAAACUUAAAGAAGGAGGACAUGUA